AUGUUUUUCGCUUACAAGUAUGGCGACCAAGGACAAUUACUAGACCGAGACAAGAUGGUCCGCAAACACUACGCGACACGGGUCUGGAGAAUCACCGGCGAAGCAAUGGACCGCAUAAGUUACGCCAUUGGGAAUGCCACGCCCCACGCGCUAUUCGACUUCGCUUGCAUGCUGUCAGCUCCGUGUGAUGAUAGAGACUGGGACCUGGAGGAGACAGAUUCUGAGUCGUCCGGUUCCGACGUCGCCUCACUUUGGGAAGACGACGCUCUCGAUGGUCCCCUGGAUGACGGGGAUGCUACCUGGGACCCCACCAUGCCAGAGGCAGAUACGGACAUCGAGAUGACGGACGCCCCAGACUUAUCUGCCUCCGCGGGAUCCAACUACAUGUCGGACAACUACUUCCAAGGCGGAAAUAACGGCCAAGCCGACAUGUCGACACUCGACCAAGCUCUCAGUUCUACACCACCAGGUUCGGCUGCCCCGGUGCAAAAUCUCGAUGAUUCAGACAUACCGAGGGCAUUUGGUCAUCUGCAGGUGCAAGACUCGAGAUCCCCCGAAGAUACAGCCGAGCAAGCCCUGCCAUCAGAUCUUUUCCAGGAAAACGAAAACAAAGGAACUUUCGAGCAUAUCGAAGACGUUAAUGACAGUGGAAGGAAAAGCCCUGCGGUAAGCGAGGAAGACCAAUGUGUCACUGAGCACGUCGAAGAUGUUGGGGAUGCCGAGACUGAGAAUGCCGAUGUUGACGAUGGCGAUUGCACCGACGACGAAGACACCGAUGACGAAUCAAACACAGAUCCUAUACAAAGACGCCGUACUGUCCUCGAGAAUGAUGUGGCCGACGUCGAAGUCUAUUGGAAAACUUUCCAGCGACUUCCUGCAAAACACCCAGCGCAACAUGAGAUCACUGGCAAAUAUAUCUACUGGGCACACCUCGGUGCACAGGCAGCCGGAGACUUCCUCAAUGGUUUCGUCUAUUACAGCAACAAAACCGAGCCUGCAAUGCCGGGAAAACCCCUGAUGAGGCUCAGGCCAAUCAAGUCCAAGCGUCGCCGCCAUCCUCCCAAGUAUUAG